AUGAGGACUUGUAGAAGUAAAAAGUUUAUUGUUAAGGUUAUGUUUCUAGCUGCAGUUGCUCGACCUCGCUUUGAUUGUUCUAGAAACAAAAACUUUGAUGGAAAAAUUGGAUUUCCUUUUGCCUUCAAAGAACCAGCUAAAAGGAAUAGCAAAAAUCGUGUUGCUGGUACUCUGGAAACAAAGCCUAUCCUAUCAAUGACCAAGGAAGUGUAUAGAAGGUGCUUAAUUGACAAUGUUUUGCCUACAAUUCGUGCUAAACGGCCACAAAGUGAUGUUAUCAGCCCUAUCUUCAUCCAACAAGAUAAUGCAAAACCACGUAUUGAUCCAAUGGAUGUUGAGUUGAUAGAAGCUGCCACAAGAGAAGGUUUUGAUAUUCGUUUAUCAUUUCAACCGCCUAUUAGCCCUGCUAUGAAUGUUCUUGAUCUUGGGUAUUUUAGAGCCAUUCAAUCACUUCAGCAUCAAGAAGCACCUAGCUCUAUUGAUGAACUAAUUUUUGCUGUUGAAAAGUCCUUCGACGAAUUAUCAUCUGAAAGUCUCAACAAUGUGUUCUUAACCUUACAACUAUGUAUGCUUGAAGUGAUGAAGAAUUUCGGAGGGAAUAAUUACAAAGUUCCACAUAUUAGGAAGCAACGGUUGAUAAAAGAUGGAAAUAUUCCUUUGCAAAUUGGAUGUGAUAAGGAGCUUAUUGACAAAAUCAUCCAUUAUCUACAAGCAUGA